AUGUACCAUCCAUCUUCUUAUUUUCUUCAUUUCGUAUGUUUCUGUGUUCAGGUAGCAGAGCGUCCUAUUCGAACGGGUUCACCUCCGCUGCAGCGGUACGCUCAUCCAGCUUCCGCUCCACCGACAUUUCCCGUUGCAUCGGCGGCGUUGUCAUAUAGUUCUCGUGGUAUGGGAAUUCAGGAAUCAAAUUUGGAGCCAAACGACGAAGUUCAAGCUCUGGAAAAAAUUUCUCAGGCUCAGGUGCAAUUUCCGUCAUGCAGUAACUGUGCUGGUCCACAUGCCUUCGUCCAGUGUACCAAAGACACCCCUUUACAGAAAGAUGGUAGGAUUUUGUACUGUUCUUUUUUUCAAUUUGUGUUGGGCAAUUCAUAA